AAUGCUGCCAUUGAGUCAGCCUCACUUCUGGGCACUCCUGCUGCUGGUAGUGUCAAAUUUGCUUCUGUGGGAGAAAACUGCAUCAAUUCCUGAAUGUCACCCAGAAGAGGGGCGCUGCUGGAAUCCCCUUGUGAACACAUUUAACAAUGCCAUCCAGCGAGCUGAAGUCAUUCAUGUUCUUGCUGAGCAAAUGCAUGAAGAGUUUUACCACAACCCAUUCUCAUCUGGACAAUUUACAAAACUUGUUGCACGAAUGUUUAGGCGUGAUCAGGCUGUUCUCAGAGCCAGAAACCAUUGCCACUCUAACAGCACAAACCCACCAGAUCAUGGACCUGAACACGAAAAUAUCAAAACCAAAAAGUAUUUAAAAACGUUGAUCAAUUAUGUGGGUUCCUGGAUCAGCCCUCUAUUCCAUCUAGUGCUUGAACUGCGUGCCAUGCAAGAUGUCCCUGAAGUUAUCCUCUCAAAAGCUAAGGAGAUAGAAGAAAACAACAGAGAAAUCCUGGAAGACCUUAGGUGGAUACUCACCCAGGUCUAUCCUACAGCAAAGAUAAAGGAAAAAUUUCCCAGCUGGGAAUAUCUUCCAUCCAUAAAAUCAAAUGACAAAAGUGAUAAAUUUUUGGCAUUUUUUAACAUUUCUCACUGCCUACGCAUCGAUAUAUUCUACACUAAAUAUCAUCUCAGAACAUUGAUGUGUCGCAUAACUGGGAAAGAUUGCUAAGUCCACGUAUACGUAUACAUGGUCUGCUUGGUAGAUUGUCCAUGACAGUCCAUUGCUGAGAACCUUCUUUAAGUUGUAUACCUUUGGAAUGCAUAUGUAUGUGUAAUUGGUCUCUUUUUAAACAAUAAAAUCCUUCUAUUUAGAAGUGUCCAAAUCUAAAAA